GUGACCGGUGGGUCUGUUUCUUCACCUCCAAACUGUUGAGGCAGUGGUUUGGGGCUGAGCUGCUGAGCAGGGCUUUGUGUGCGGGCUCAAACCCUUCUGUCUCUAACCCCUCUCCAGGCUGGUCCUUUGAGACACUGUUCUUCUGGCCAUUUGCCCUUGCGGGUGUAAUGAAGGUGGAAGGGUCUCAGAGGGGAUGCAGGUUUGGGCCAGUGUUCCAGCCUCAGUUUCCUCCUCCCUAAACUAAGAAUACCAGGUUGAGGCUUCAGGUUCAAAGAUGACACAGGGGAAAGCUCAGAAAAGGAUCUGGCGCUUGGGGUCUCAAGAAACAGGAGGUAGCCUCGAAGCCAUCAGCCUCUGGUGCAUGCGGGGACACAGACCCAGGCGCAAUGCGACGACUGGCCCAAGGUCGCUCAGCCCGAGGUCGGGUCUGACCCCAGGUGGCCUGAUUCCACGGGCCUGGACAACAGCCAGGUUGCAGCCGGCGGUGUUGGAGGAGCAGGGAGGUGGCGCCUAGGGGCUUCUGUUUUGGAACCGUUGAGGGGAGCACGCUGCCACCUGGGGGACUAGGCACUAAUGGGGCAGCCGGCCCGGCAGUCCCUGAGCCGUGACCCUCCCCGGGAGGGGCGGGGCGGUCGGUUACCUCAUCGCCGCCUCCGGGAGGCCCUGCUCGCUUGCUCGCCGCGCGGCCGGCUGGGGCGGCGGCUCCCGGCGCCCGAGCGAAGAGAGGACAGGGCUGCGGGCGGGGGCGGGUCUGCGGCGCGCCGGCUGCGCUCUCCCUGCCGAGCUGCGGGUUCGCCCGCCCGGUCCUCGGGCCUGGCUUCUCGCUGCCCAGGGGCUGCAGGCGGCGCGACGCGGGUGUCCCGGGCAGAGCGCGCACGGCGCGGUGCCGGCUCAUGAAGCUCCCCGGCGGCGGGCGCGGGGGCGCGGGCCAGCCAUGGGCGGCAGCCUGCGUGUGGCUGUUCUGGGUGCUCCGGGAGUGGGCAAGACUGCCAUCAUCCGCCAGUUCCUGUUCGGUGACUAUCCCGAGCGCCACCGGCCCACAGACGGUCCCCGCCUCUACCGGCCCGCCGUGCUGCUCGACGGCGCUGUCUACGACCUGAGUAUCCGCGAUGGUGACGUCGCCAGCCCCGGCUCGAGCCCCAGAAGUCUCGAGGAGUGGCCAGACCCUAAAGACUGGAGCUUGCAGGACACAGACGCCUUUGUGCUGGUCUACGACAUCUGCAGCCCGGACAGUUUCGAUUAUGUGAAAGCCCUGAGGCAGCGCAUAGCAGAAAACAGGCCGGCGGGCGCGCCAGAGGCACCCAUCCUCGUGGUAGGCAACAAGCGGGACCGUCAGCGGCUGCGCUUCGGACCUCGUCGUGCACUGGCCACUCUAGUACGCAGGGGCUGGCGCUGCGGCUACCUCGAGUGCUCAGCCAAAUACAAUUGGCACGUGCUGCGUCUCUUCCGAGAGCUGCUGCGUUGUGCUCUGGUGCGUACACGUCCUGCGCACCCGGCCCUCCGCCUGCAGGGGGCGCUGCAUCCAGCGCGCUGCAGCCUCAUGUGACCAAAAUGGACAGGGAAAUCUAAAAGCAGGCUCCCACCCAGUCUCCUGGCCAACAGGCUUUUCUUUGAACUUGAUUGGACCCAGCCAACUCCCAAUCAUAGGACAAGUCGUUUUAUCUGAGACCUUAUUGGGUCACAAUCACAGAUGGAAAGGACCUGGAUAUGAACGGGACUGGGAGCAUUCGUACAGCUGCUGGCGCUUUACUGGAAACACCUUUUGUUUUUGGGACAGGGUCUCACUAUGUAGGCUUGGUUGGCAUCGAACUACAAAGAUCCACCUGCCUCUGCCUCUCCAGUGCUGGACUGGUUACUGGAGACACUUUUUAAGUCAUGCCUUACCAGGUAAUAAAAAACAACUUAAACGCACAA